AUUCGCAGCGCUCUCAGCGGAUUUCCAACGCGCGCGGACAAAAUAAGCAAACGAGGCAGCGCGCGGGCGACAAGUCCGUCCAUCUCCUCCUUCAAGGUUUCUGUCUUUUCCCCCGUUUGUUUAUUAUAGACGGGAUGGACAUUUGAAAGGCUGCGGGGAUUUGAAACGUUUGGGAUUUUUUUCACAGAAAAGCUAUCGGCGACGCACUACAGCGCUGCCCCGCUGAUUUUUUUUGUUGUUUUCAAAUUGUAUUCGAUUACUCGGAUCGGAUUCCCGAUGGAUAACACAUUUAUCCACGCGAUCGAACUUUGAGUGACGCGAUCAUUUCGUUUUCCUUUAAGCUUGCCUGUUGCAGCUUCCAGCGCGGAGUGAGCGAGGAUCGCACAGAGGAACGAGCGUUUUUUCUCCCCACCGUAGCGGCUCGACUCUCCGUCAUAUCCAAAAGCCGACCGGGGGGAAAGAGAGUGAGAAAAGAGGAGACAAAUCCCGCUUCGUCUUCAUCCUCUUCAGAUCUUGCCGUUAGAUUUUUUUUGUCGAAAACUGCCGAUACAUGUCAGGCGUGUGAAAGCGCCCCAGGUGCCGUGUAUCAGAGCAGGAGCAGAAGCGGAGCGGAGCAGAACAGCUCUCGGGAUCUCAGGGGCUGAAACUCCUGGAAAAAAAAGCCUGAAAGAGAAACAUGCCGCGGAGGAAACAGCAAGCGCCCCGGCGCGCGUCAGCAUAUGUGCCAGAGGAGCUGAAGGAGGCUGCCUUACUAGAUGAGGAUGUCGAUGGUGAGGAUUCAGCUGUGGAGGAGGAACCUGCCAUGAAGUAUGCGUGCCAGGACAAGGACUUACUCCUUAAAGACAGACCUGGCUUCCACGACUCUCCACCUGCUGAUUUCUCCAGCCACGAAAUGGACAGUGAGUCACACCUGAGUGAGUCCAGUGACCGCAUGUCAGACUUCGAGAGUGCCUCUGUAAAGAACGAAGAGGACAGCUCAGCCAAGGAGCCUCUCACUUCACUUUCCUCAACUUCAUCGAUGAUGAUGACAACAACAACCACGCCAAGCGGUGAGGAGGUUGCAGCAUUAGGCCCCGACAGCCUGGAGCAGAUGAAAGCUAUCUACACUAGCUUCCUGACCAACUCCUAUUGGUCAUCGCUGAACUUGAAUGCCCCCCAGCAGCCAGCUGAAAAGCCCCCACGUAGUCACAGUAGAAGCAGCAGCAGUAGUAGCAGCAGCAGUAGCUGUGGUAGUGGUGGUUACGACUGGCACCAGACAGCUGUGGCUAAGACCUUGCAGAAUGCUUCACAGAACCAGAGCAGACUGCUGCAUCCAGCAUCUGAGCCAAACCUCUUCAGUACUGUGCAGCUUUACCGACAGAGCACCAAACUCUACGGCUCCAUCUUCACUGGCGCAAGCAAGUUUCGUUGCAAGGACUGCAGUGCUGCUUAUGACACUCUUGUUGAACUUACUGUACACAUGAACGAGAUGGGCCACUACAGAGAUGACAACCAUGAGACAGACAGUGAAGGUACCAGGCGCUGGUCAAAGCCCCGCAAACGAUCCCUAUUGGAGAUGGAGGGGAAAGAGGAUGCACAGAAAGUUCUUAAGUGUAUGUACUGUGGCCAUUCCUUUGAGUCACUGCAGGACCUUAGUGUUCACAUGAUCAAGACGAAACACUACCAGAAAGUGCCUCUUAAGGAACCUGUUACACCUGUGGCAGCCAAGAUUAUCUCAUCAGCUCGUAAAAGAGCCCCUGUUGAGCUAGAACUCCCCAGCUCACCAGACUCCAAUGGUGGUACACCCAAGCCCUCAUUAUCUGACCCCAAUGAUAUUCUGGCAAAGACCCCCAAUCCUUACAUCACACCCAACAAUCGGUAUGGACACCAGAACGGUGCUAGCUAUGCGUGGCAAUUUGAAUCACGCAAAUCCCAAAUCCUGAAGUGCAUGGAGUGUGGAAGCUCACACGACACGCUGCAGGAGCUUACAGCUCAUAUGAUGGUCACAGGACACUUCAUCAAGGUCACUAACUCUGCGAUCAAGAAAGGCAAACCUAUAAUGGAAUCUAUCUCCGCAACAGCUCUAAUCACCACGUCUGCCAAUGAUGAGAAGGUACAGUCUGUGCCACUGGCUGCCACGGCAUUCUCCCCACCACCACCCGCACCUCCUCCCGCUAGUAUUUCCCCUGCAAUCAUGCCCAUGGAGAUAAAAAAGGAGGAGAAGGAAGUUGAAUGUACCAAGGAGUCAACCAAUUGCAAAGACAAGAAAGCAACAGAAAGUGAAAGUGAAGAGAAGUUUGAAGUUUCAUCCAAAUAUCCGUACUUGACAGAGGAAGAUCUUGAAGAAAGCCCUAAAGGGGGGUUUGACAUUUUAAAGUCUCUUGAGAAUACAGUAACAUCUGCCAUCAACAAAGCACAGAAUGGCACACCCAGCUGGGGUGGCUACCCCAGUAUUCACGCUGCCUACCAGCUUCCAAACAUCAUGAAACUUUCUCUUCGCAACUCUGGGAAAAGUUCCCCUUUGAAAUAUAUGUUUUCUGGAGAAGAGAUCCUAUCUCCCACCAAAAACCAUCCGCUGAUCUCUCCACCUAGUUGCCAAACGUCCCCAUUGCCAAAAAACAACUUUCAUGCCAUGGAGGAGCUUGUCAAAAAAGUGACAGAAAAAGUGGCCAAAGUAGAGGAGAAGAUGAGAGAUCCUGGAACUAGGUGUUCCCCUCGUAGACGGACCACACCCUCUCCUUGCAGUAGCGAUCCAGGGGAAUCUGCCAGAACGGAGUCCCCUAAAGAAAGGAGAGGGGCCAAAACUCCUGAGACCAAUGGUGGGGGAAAUACUCACAAAGACUCUAAUGGUGAAGCUCUAACUAAAGAGUCUGUGGAAAAUGGCACGGACCACGCUAUCAAAAGUCCUGUUUCUACCUUAUGCAGCAGCACAGCUAUUAUAACAGAUCACCCUCCUGAGCAGCCAUUUGUUAACCCUUUAAGUGCGCUUCAGUCUGUCAUGAAUGUUCACCUUGGCAAAGCUGCCAAACCUGCCCUGCCAUCCCUUGACCCCAUGAGCAUGCUCUUCAAAAUGAGCAACAGCUUGGCAGAAAAGGCAGCAGUAGCUGCUUCCACUCCUUCUCACACCAAAAAAACAAAUGAGCACUUGGAUCGCUACUUCUACCACAUCAACAAUGACCAGCCUAUUGAUCUGACCAAAGGCAAGAAUGAAAAGAGCACCUCCCUGGGAUCUGCUGGCCUGUCCUCCUCCACCUCUACUCCCACCUCAAUUUCACCCGCAUCAACCAUCACAAUGGCCAAAACCUCAUCUGCUGUGGCUUCCUUCAUGUCUAACUCCCCUCUGCGUGAGAAUGCCCUGUCUGACAUCUCUGAUAUGCUACGCAACCUCACAGAAAGCCACGCAUCCAAGUCCUCCACGCCAACAAGUCUGUCAGAGCGUUCGGAUAUAGACGGGUCGACACCUGAGGAAUUCGAGGAGAUCUCUCCUGCUCAGAAGCGAAAGGGCCGGCAAUCCAACUGGAACCCUCAGCAUCUACUCAUCCUGCAAGCACAGUUUGCUUCCAGUUUGCGUCAAACGGGUGACGGCAAAUACAUUAUGUCAGACCUCAGUCCACAGGAGCGCAUGCAUAUUUCCCGCUUCACUGGCCUUUCAAUGACCACCAUCAGCCACUGGCUGGCCAACGUGAAAUACCAGCUAAGGCGGACAGGUGGCACAAAGUUUUUAAAAAAUCUUGACUCUGGCCACCCUGUCUUCUUCUGCAGUGACUGUGCAUCACAGAUCCGUUCGCCCUCCACCUACGUCAGCCAUCUCGAGUCACAUCUGGGUUUCCGGCUCAGGGACCUGGCUAAGUUAUCUGGGGAGCAGCUUGUUAACCAGAUCUCACGUCACAGCAAGGGUUUCUCUGAGAAACUGCUCUCAUCCCAAGCGCAUUCUUUGGCCCAUUCAAUCCCCAACUCUCACUCACUCUCCCCAUCCCCUUCCCCAGAUGAGGAGUCAAGUGGCACCUCAUAUCAGUGUAAACUGUGUAAUCGGACUUUUGCCAGCAAGCACGCUGUCAAGCUCCAUCUGAGUAAGACCCAUGGCAAAUCCCCUGAGGACCAUCUUAUGUAUGUUAAAGAACUUGAGAAACCUUAGCAAAGGCCAAGGAGAAAAACUCUGUGUCUCGUCUCCCUAUCUCUGUCCUUUUUUCAAGCCUGACUAACAUUUCUUAAGGAGAAAAGAAUUCAAAGAACUUAAAGUAACUAACGAAGAACUAACUGCACAUAGAUGCCAGAAAACUACUGUUUAGUUUUGGCACAUCAUUUAGAGUUUUCCUGCUGGGAACACUCAUUCAACCUUAGAGACAUUAACUUUCUGCAUUUUUAGUUGAAAAUGGAAAACUGAGAAAAACAAAUGAUACUUUUCUAACUGUGCAGUGUUGAGUGAAGAGGUGCUUUUGUCACUGGUAAAAUAUGAAGGUAAAUAAAAAAAGACCUAAAAUGAAGUUGUAAGUAUUUGAAAGUUGUGUAAAUUGGAUUUUUUUUUGGCAUCGUUCAGAUGCAGUAAGCUGCAUGCUUUAAUGAAAUGGUUUAGUUCAAUAUUUGAUAACUAAAUCUGGGAUUUUCUUUAUCUCUCUUUCCUUCGCUCUUAUUUUUUUUUUCUUUUUUAUGUGACAUAAGUAUGCUGGUGUCAGCAUAAAAAUUUAACCCUCUGAGUACGUCUAAAUAAUUAUAUAUUUACCACCUACAGAAAAGUAAAGAAAAAUAUAAAUAAAAAAGAGAGAAAUUAGAAAUUGGAAAUUGCCAAGUUCAUAUGUAUUUGAGCAGGCAAUUUCUAAAAGAAUUGCAUUGUCAUAACAGACCACCCCAUAUACAUGGACAGCUUGCAGUGCAGAAAUAUAUGUGAAUCCAAAAUGGCAGUCUUUUAGUUUGCUCAAAUCAGGGGCCUUUAUGAAUUCAGGUCGGUGUAAAAAUAUGUACAUAAAAACAUAAACUAAUUUCUGUCUAAAUUAUGCAUCAUUUUAUAUUUUUUAAUUUAAGAUGAGUAUGACUAUCUACUGGUGCACAAUAUAUGAAGACAUUAAUGAAAUUGUUUUGCACAAUAGUUUUAUAAAUAUGUUAUUUAAUCAGAAGAUAUGAAAACGAGAGGGAAAAUCAUGAAAAGAACACCCUAAAGUUUUAUUUCCACCUCGUGCUCAAAGGGUUAAACUUCUUGUACAAGACAGUUCUUGUUCCAUCAUUUCACUUAAAUGGUUGUAUAAAAAGAUGCUACUUUAUAAUGUAAGUUGGAAAUCCAAAAUGUAACCUUUUAUUUAUAAACACUCUUGGUUGUUGUUUUAUAUUGUAGAAUGCCUUUCUGAUUGGUAACUUUUAUUUUGUUGUUCUGUCUAAUUAUUCCUCCAUAAAACCACACUGCAGCUUUAUCAUUUUUGGGGAUAUGAAAGGUAGCCAUGGUUACCUUACCUCCAAUUGACAGUUCUGCUACAUUUUGGCAGUUAAUUUACUGAAGUAACUGACAGCUGCCAGUGAAUGGAAAUCUUGUGUGUAAAAUAUUGGCAUGUUAACAGCACAGGCACUGUUAUGCAUUCUGUGCCGUGUUUCCUUUUUGUUGUUGUUGACAAUGAAGCACUCAUUAUAUGACUUCAUAUAACCUUUUUUCUACUGCAGCAUUAAAUUGAAAUUGUUUUGGGUUUUUUUGCAAUAACUUGAUGUGUCAUGGCUCAUAAGUCUGUCGGGCGCCGGGGGGAUAAAAAAUGAGGGAUUAAAGCAAACUGCUGUCAGUUAAAUAGCAGACGACAAGAGUGUGAAGAGAGUGGUCCGGUGGUCUAACCCAACAGCCACACAACGCUGAGGGGAAUGAGCGUGUGUGUGCGUGCGUGCGUGAGUGUGUGUGUGUGCAUGUGUGUGUGUGUUUGUUGGUCUCUCAAACAGGAAGUUUUUUCCUCUAACGUCGCCGACUUUGGUGGUGUUAUAUAAUUUGUGCGGAUCUAUCCCAUCACUCCUCUCAUCUAAUUCCCUGCUUGGUGACACAUCGACUCGCAACGUCUCCUAAUAUGGUUUAACUAGGGAACCAUCAGGCAGCUUGAAGAGCGAUGUGCCUUUCUCUCUCUACAAUGGAAUGUAGCAGAUAAUUGCUCUGGCAUUAACUGUCUCUUUUUCGCCAUUUUCACUGUUGUAAUUAGCACAAGCUCCUAUUUUGCAGGGACAGAUUUGUUUGGGCCUUACCCAGGAUGACAUUAAACCCACGUUAAUAGUUUGUGUAUAAAGUUCUGUCUGUGUUCGGAAGGAAGUCUAAAUGGCAUACUGAACUGGAUGCAAGAUGUUUAUGUGUGUGAGAGAGGGUAAGAAACGCAGAUUCACAGCGAGAGAGAGAACCUCUGUGAACAGAUCAGCGGAACUUGAAGCAUGUAUAAGAUAUAUCUCAUAAUGGUGGGACACUUUCUCAAAUGGUUUACUUUGUUUAGUUACUGAAUAUGUUCCUCGUCAGAUCUGUCAACGAGCGUUCGGCAUGCACACCUACACGCGCACGCUCCGAGACGUCAGGAACCAGGUAGAGGCUACAUCAUGUGUGGUGACAAGGUGCUGCUGUGUGUGAAAAUGUCAGCCUUCACAGGCUUCCCUGAAGUCUUCCGCCAUAUUUAAGGUGCUCAUUAGUCGCAAAGAAAAUAUGCGAGAAAUUGAAGUGUAAGAAAGCCAUUUUCUCUCCUCCAUUCCAGUCAGGCGAGCCACAGAACCGGGGGUUAUUAAGGUUGAAAACGAGUAUGCACAGAGACAUUUAACUAUCAAGACGUGCCUACACACUCCCACGCACGCGAGAAGUAAACAAUAUCCCACUCCACCCUGAUGCUCAUGGUGUCUUUUUAAAGUUAAAGUUUUUGCCAUAAAUGAUGUGUGUAGCCUUCAUAAUCUGAUGCAGGGCCAUGUUUCUUUUCUCCUGCUAACGUACUGAUGUCAUUCUGGAGAUUGUAAUGCAUUUUGA